AUACUAAAAACCCUAAAAGUCUCAGACUCUUUUGCGCCUCCUAACGCUCGUUUAUCAGACAGCGAGUGGAGUGCAUAAGCCAAGUACUACGCGAGCUCGUAAGUAAACUUAGGGGGGGUUUCUGAUACGUUAAUUGUUCCUGAAUCUCACGAAUUUUAGGGAUUAAGAUUCCUGAGUUAGGGUUCUAAGGGAGCAUGGGACAGUUGCUUCCGAUUGUCAACGAAUAUUUAUCUGUUAUGGAGGAGGAUGUUGAAAUCAACGAUUUGCAGUUAAAUUAUUAUUAUAGAGAUACCCUUCUUGCGGGCUCGGAUGGUGGAGAGAACUACGCCGAGCUUGUUAAGUGUUUGCAACCAAAAAAGCAUCUUAAGUCUCACGACGCUGCUCAACUUUUGACAACUUUAAAAUCGCUUUCUGAAGUAGUGUCCUACAUUGACCCUAUCCAGCAUGAAUCGCUUCUUUCUUCCCUUUCGAGAUUGAGCUUGUGGGAUUAUGCUCCAACUGAUAGGAAAUAUGAUGCAGCAGCUGAUAUCAUGGAUGCUCUGCUUGAGCUCAUCGUGUCAUUGGCUGCUUCGAAGGGAAUAUAUGUUGAUUUUUGUUUGGAGUUGCUGGUCAAACAUUUUGUGCCUCCUAAAUACGCCUUUGAAUUUCUGAAAAAUGAGAAUGGAGUUGGCAUGAAGAAUAAGGUUCUGUCUCGGGUGCAUGCUGCUUUGAAACACAUAGCUGAUUUGGUGCCCCUUGCUCCGUUGCGAUUAUCACCAAUAGUUGUCCACAGUAUGCCGAAACGUUUUGCUAAGGAGCCUGAGAUUGUCAUGUAUGUUGAAAAUAUGUUAAUGCUUGAGAGCGGUGAAAUUGGAGAAAUUGUUGGUGGUACAAUGCUACCUGCACUUGUGGAUAAGUUGAUAGAGUUGGAUGUGGAAAUUGGAUGGGAUGGCAAGUUACAGGAGGAUGCCAAGUGCAUAUUUGCAAUGGAGAUACAAGAUUUUGCUGAUUUUGAAGAUGAUGAUGAGAAAUAUUAUAGUAUGUGUACCACAGAGUUGUUAAAUAGGAACAAUUUGCAAGGGAAUCAGGUUGCAGAGAAACUAGAUAGCCUAAUUGUGCUGACUUUUUUGCAUCUUGAAUCCUGCCAAAGCAAGGGCCGAUUGGCUGAGGUGUUUGAUAUUUUACUGACGUCAUUUAAGAGAACUGUGCUGAAUACAUACAAGUCAAAGUUUGCCCAGUUUGUGAUGUUCUAUGCAUGCGCAUUGGAUUCCGAAGGAUGUGGUGUGAAUUUUGCCAUGGUUCUCACAGAGAUGUUUGAUUCACGUGUUAAUCCUCCUAUUACUAGGAUGAGUGCUGUUGCUUAUCUUGCUAGUUAUUUAUCUCGUGCGAAGUUUCUUUCAUCUGAGUUGGUUGCUAACAUCAUACAAAGAUUGGUAGAUUGGUGUUUUGCAUAUUGCAAGUUACAUGAUUUUGAUAUGAACCCUCAAGCACACCAAGUUUUUUAUUCUGCUUGCCAGGCUAUCAUGUACAUUUUGUGCUUUCGCAUGAAAUCAUUGAUGGAGGUUCCUAGACUUAAAGUGAAGCUUAUCAAAAUGCCCAUGGAGCUAAUCUGGAAACAUAAAUUGAAUCCCUUGAAGGUAUGUUUGCCUAGCGUAGUAGAGGAAUUUCUAAAACAGGCAAAGGCUGCUCGGCUUUUCAUGUCAGCAGAGUUAUUCAUUUUCGAUGAUUUGCUCGAGGCGGAUCUUUCCAAGGCUUUCGGUGGGAUAAAUAGACUUGACAUGUUCUUCCCAUUUGAUCCAUGUCUGUUGAAGAAAAGUGAAAGCUACUUAAGGCCACAUUUUGUCCGCUGGUCAAAGGUCAGAACUACAUAUGAUACAUAUGCCAACGAGGAGCUCAGUGAUAGUGGAAGUGAAGCAUCAGACGAUGAUUUUGUUGACAUGAAUGCAAAGGAUAUGAAUGAUUAUGAUAUGGCCGGGAGUGUUGAAGCGGGUCUUGAUUUUGAUCCUGACUUGAACAAAAUGUCCAUCACGCCCAAAUCUAUGAAAUAUGGGUUUCAGGCACAGACGGAAGGGAGAAUGCCGUCGAACAUCAGAUUAUCUACUACUACAGAGUCUUUCGUUUAAGCUUGUCGUUAAAGCCUGUCAAUUUUGCAAUGUUUUUGGCUUGCAGCUACUUAUCAAUACAAUAGUGUCUUAAAAAUGAGCACUCCUAUUGGGGCAGUUGUAGUUUUGAUGGUUAGCACAUUUUUAUUUAUUUUUCCUUUUACUGUUGAGGUAACUGAACAUGGUCACGCAACCAUACAAGAUUUAUUCCCCACUAUCUUGUAAGUAUAAUACAUUUGUUAGUCUAAGUUAAAAAGUGUGCGAAUGUAAGAAUUGUUUGUCUAAAAAAGAAUAGCUUUCAUAGCAAAUCUUUGACGCCCUGGACUUGAAAUUCUAUCUUAUGUUUUCAUA